UAGGUAGACGCGGAAACCUAUGCAUUGCAUCGCGGUCUAUUUCAUCAACAGUUCAUCAAUAUAAAUUUUAUUAUUUUGCUUCAAUGAGUAAUAUUGGGACUGUAAAUGUUAUUGAAAUAAAGGUGUAUCUCUAACUUGCUGCAUUCAUUUUACAGUUUAAUUCCAGAUAAUACACAGUCAUGUCUUUUUAUAUACGGUAUUAUGUGGGCCACAAAGGGAAAUUUGGUCAUGAAUUUCUGGAAUUCGAGUUCCGGCCUGAUGGUAAACUACGUUACGCUAAUAAUUCCAACUAUAAAAACGAUACGAUGAUUCGCAAAGAAGCCUAUGUGCACCCGUGUGUUAUGGACGAGCUGAAGAGAAUAAUCGUAGAUUCUGAAAUUAUGCACGAAGACGACCGUUUAUGGCCACAACCAGAUCGUGUUGGCAGACAAGAACUUGAAAUAGUAAUUGGUGAGGAGCACAUUUCAUUUACUACAUCCAAGACUGGCUCGUUGGUUGAUGUCAACCAAUCUCGUGACCCGGAGGGACUACGCUGCUUUUACUAUUUGGUGCAAGACCUGAAAUGCCUUGUAUUUUCUCUCAUCGGUCUUCAUUUUAAGAUUAAGCCAAUAUAGAUUAAGCUUACCAUUAUAAUAACAAAUAAAAAUAAACUAAUUUUCUGACAUAA